CUCGGCACAUUGACCUGUCACAAUGCAGGAGACAACUAGGGAAAUAUCACUGGGAUGGAGUAUGUUCAUUUGGCUACAGAAAGAAAGAAAAGUUAUCAUCAUUUCAUAACCGUUUAAUUUCAAAAGACCGGAAAGGGAUUCAUACUCGACGUGUUUACGUUUAGAUUUUAUUUUGGGAUCUAGGAUGGCAAGUCCAUGGAGAAGCCGGUAACAUGUAGUAUGUGAGUUGUUUCCUAUCGAUAGCAUACUGAGACCAAAGCUACCUCCAUAAUAAUCACAUAAAGGGAUCAAACCCGACUGAAAUCCUUUAUACCAGGAGCAUAGUUGCUAUAUUUGAAUGUCACCAAUUACGCAUCGGUGUUCGGUUUGAAGGGAUAUGGAUCAUUUCGCCGCUGAGUGCCUUGUGUCUAUGUCCAGUCGGGCUGUCGUUCACCCUAAAGAGAACAGAGAGUUGAAAACAGAACCAGUCUGCUGUCCAAGGAACGACGGAGAAGACAUGGGCAAAGACAACUCCUCUCUUUUCGUGGUGGCGAGGAUUCUAGCGGAUUUUAACCAGCAGGCACCCACGACCACUGGCGAUAUUGCCGAGCAGGCAAAAAUAGCAGAAGGGUGCGUGUCGCCAGCUCCAGUCACAGAGGAUGGGAAUACUGCCACACCUAUCCUCGUCAGCCCCGCCGCCGACCUCACACAAAGAGGCAGUAAACGUGUCAGAGGUCGAUCCGAACCGGAAUCGCCUCAGAAAAAGCACAAAUGUCAUUAUUCAGGUUGUGAAAAAGUUUACGGGAAGUCGUCCCACCUCAAAGCGCACCUAAGGACACACACAGUCUCUCUCUCGGCUCCAGGCCCAGCCCCAGACACACACUCUGCCUGCCUUACAGCCGAUCUGUCCAGCAACAGACUCAGCUAGCAGAGCUCAGACACAGAUGAGUGUUUCCCCAUAAGAUGCUUCAUAUCAUAUCAUUAG